CACCAACCAACCAUGGGUGCCAUCCUCUCUUCCCUACGCACCAUCUACCUCGGCAUCCGCGUCCUCCUAGCCGAUUAUGCGGACGCAAAUGCAGACUUCCACGCCCUCUUAGGGCGCAUAUCCGCCCCAAUCUAUCCCAUUGAGAAUCCCAGCACCUCCUUCUGGCAGCAACAACCACCGUUCCCGGAGCUGGUAGACAUCCAAUCGCCCACUCUGCCUGAUCAGGCGGAUAUUGUGAUUAUUGGAUCAGGCAUUUCCGGUGCAAGUAUCGCCUAUACCCUCCUCACUCAAAGUGCCAGCGCUGAACCCCAAGUCGGUCCUAAGAUUGUACUGCUAGAAGCACGAGAGCUCUGCAGCGGUGCGACGGGAAGGAAUGGAGGACAUAUCAAGUGUGCCUCGUAUUCGGACUACGCGCUUUCCAAGAGUCGUUUUGGGAAAGAGUGCGCGCGAAAGCUACUCGAGUUCGAGAGGAAGGCGUUACCUUUGCUAGUUGGCUUCGCGCAAGAGAAUGGGUUCAAGGUGGCUGAGGCAAGGGAGGUAGAGACAUUGGACGUCAUUACUGAUGCAGGGAUGUGGGAGAAGACAAAGAAGAUGGUACAGGAACUGAAAGAGGAUGUUCCGGAGGCUGGGGAGGAGAUUGAGCUUUUUGAGGCUGAUGAGGGUUGUGAGAAAUUUGAACUGAAUAGAGAGCAAUGCUAUGGGGUAGUCAAAUAUCCUGCGGGUGCCCUUUGGCCUUAUCGAUUUGUCACCUCACUCUAUGCACGGCUCUUGUCAGAGUUUGGCUCACGAUUCUACAUUGAGACAAACACACCGGCCACAGGUAUUGAGGUUCGGGAUGAUGAGAUGCCGUUCGUGGUUUCAACGCCUCGCGGGAAAAUCACUGCAUCCCAUGUCAUCCACGCUACAGACGCUUUUGCGGCGAACCUCGUCCCAGGGACAACUGGGAAGCUCUUCCCCAUGCGGGGACACAUGACUGCUCAAACCCCAGGAAGCGGGCUAUCGCAUCUCGACGGUUCCAGGUCGUGGUCCAUUAUAGGGAAACAUGGAUUCGAUUACGUAACCCAACGACCAGGCGACCGUGCUGGAAUCGGGAGUGAACUCAUGGUUGGUGGAGGUGUUGUGCAGUCCCCUAGCAAAGGCAUUGAUGAGUUUGGAAUCUGGCGUGAUGAUCAGAUGAGCGGACCUAUCAGCGCCUACUUGGACGGACUCAUGCCUGUGACCUUUGGCAGAGAGCGCUGGGGAGAAGACAAACGUGGUACACGCAUCAAAAGUGCGUGGGUGGGAUGUAUGGGAUUCACAUGCGACCUUUUACCCCUCGUUGGGAAGCUAGAGCCAGGACUUACUGGUCGUGUUGUUCCUUUGCGGAGGAAUAACAGACAAGUUGGACGCUCCAACGUGCCAGCUGCAGAAUGGAUCUCGGCUGGAUUCAACGGGGAAGGCAUGGUGCUUGCCUGGCUGUGUGGGGUGGCUGUGGGAUUGAUGGUCUUGGGACUAGAUGACAUGAAUCACGAAGGAUGUGCUGGUAUUCCGCCAGGCAAGGUCAGCGAUUGGUUGCCAGACAACUUCAUCUGCUCUAAGCGUCGGGUGAAUCGGAUGGAUGUCACAGAGCUUGGGUUGUUGAUGUAGCAUGGUGCAUGCUAUGCAAUCGUCAGCCCCAAAAGGCUCGGGCUCAUGAUAAUGGGCCGCUACUACCCCUACAAUAUCCAGAAUUUUUGAGAUUCAGGUACGCAAAACGAGGACCAACUUGUUCUUACUUUGGAUCACCCAUAAAAGAUAACUACAAAAUCUCUGAUCCCAACUCAGGGCCUAGUAUGUCCGC